CUUAGCUUGCAGCGGUGUUUCCCAAAAUACAUGCAUAAUCAUACCGUGUGUUAUUGUGUUGAACCUGAAUACUUCUACAGAAACUUCAGCACAUGUUGGGGUUUUUUUUUUGUCUUUUUUGUGCCACUGACAUGCAUCGAUGCAUUCGGCAAUCACCGAAUCCACAGCUCUGUUGUCCAAUUAUUCAGUCUGUAUCCCAGCAUGGGCCCGGAAGUUCUUUGGGAUUCCCAGGUAAAAAAAAAAAAAAAAAAAAAAAAAAAAAAAAAAAAAAUCCCGGAGAUGCUGUCGUCGCCUGGGAAAACAAACAGCUAUCCAGACAGUUAAGAAGGAAAACACCGAUCGGUCGCCAGGUAAGGAGGAGGCUUGUGGACUUCGCCGCGGCACUUGGUAAGACCAUCAAUCGGUAUUAAUGUGGAGGUACGGCAUGUUUUUGAGUAGUUGGUAGGCUGAAUACCAUUUGUCGUGUGGUCGGGUGCCAUAGCAACGGCUCAUGAGAAACAUUGUACAGCCCAGGCCAGUUGACGUGCUCGAUGUUGGAUGACAGCCGCGUUCAUGCGGACAAUUUGGACAACUCUUGCAACAAAUUGCGUCUCGUCGCCGUCUCGACCGUCCGUGAGCUGAUUUUGGUGUCACAACGGGGGGGAGCAGAUCCAGCGGCGAGCAGCUGAAACAAGUAGCCGCGGACGAAUGCAGAGGCAUGGUAGUUUUUUGGAGGAUCUGUGUGUUUUGGGGCACGGUCGGCCGUCUGGGAGCGGAAUGGAUUGUCGAGCGAAGGGUCGUCGCUGGUGCGCGUCCCUUUUUUAAUCGCCGUGCCCUGGUGUGACUGGCGCGUCUCCCGGCUGCAUCAGCGCCUGUUGCUCCCCAUGCGCGGCCAAUGCCAGGAUAUUAAUUUUCCCUGCGAUGUGCUGUCUCCGCCCCCUGCUCCCUCCAAAGUCUCCUGUGUCCACUGUUGUCAUCCAUUUGAGCAAAAGGCAUCUGGUGAGAGAAUGAAUGCUGAUGACUGCAAUGGACGCUCAUAUGCACAAGGUAAUGGAGGAGAGUCAUCAACUGAACAGGAUUUUUAUGGCGGGCUGCAGGGCCCUUCUGCGAGAUCUCCAAACAGUCAGCAGUCGUCACCACACCGCUCUCUUAGUGCAAACUCCAUCAAGGUAGAGCUGUGCAGUGAUGAUGAGUCAGCAGGCGCCUCACAGCCAGAGAACAAAGACGCUGUGAGGUCUGAUAGCGGGAAGGAUGACCGAGGUGACCCCAUGGAAGAGGGGACUGCAGAGUUCGCAGGGGCUGGUAGAGACAGAGCAAACGCCUACAGUGAGAUGGCCAGUCCAAACUCCGCUUCACCGGGACCCAUCCGGCUGCCCAAUGGGAAGCUCCAGUGUGAGGUGUGCGGCAUGAUCUGCAUCGGACCCAAUGUGCUGAUGGUGCACAAGCGUAGCCACACAGGUGAAAACAAGCCAACAAGACAAUGUGAGCGGCCAUUCCAGUGUAACCAGUGUGGCGCUUCCUUCACCCAGAAGGGGAACUUGUUGCGCCACAUAAAGCUGCAUUCAGGAGAGAAGCCUUUCAAAUGUCCCAUUUGUAAUUAUGCUUGCCGCCGGAGAGAUGCCCUGGCUGGACAUCUACGCACACAUGCCGUUUCUUCUCCAACAGUCGGAAAGCCUUUCAAGUGCAGCUCCUGUAGUCGCAGCUACAAACAAAAGAGCACACUAGAGGAACAUCUGGAGCGCUGCCAUAGUUAUCUGAAGACUCUGGAUCACCAGACAGCCAUCAACACACAGACUGCACAAGGUGAGGACUCAGUAAAUAUGGAGACGGUCACUAAACCUGCACUUCAGCCAUCCAAUGAAAAAAUCCAGUUUGUGGACAGACUGACUGUUAGCAUCACCAAACGUAAGAGGUCAACACCACAGAAGUUUUUGGGUGAAAUGCACAUGCACCUUGAGCCACCUGAAGCACCUUAUGAAUUGUCCUCUGGCUCGGAGAAGGAUGGCGACCUCAUGAGCUCUCAGUCUGCUGGAGACUCAGCUGGGCUGGCUGGUUCACAUGUCCACUGCGCUAGAGGUAAAGGCGAGAACCACGAGUCGCCUGCACUGCCUCAGCUCCAUCCUGCCUUCCUGUCAGAGCUCCGCACGGUUAUGGGCUCCAUCAACAGCAAUGUGACUCCUCAGGGCCCCCGAGCCCACAGCGGAGGUGGGCUGGCAGUAAUGUCUCUUGGCCAGGCCGGGCGGGAGGCAGGUGAAGGCCGUGAGGACCAGCCCUCAGCACACAGUCACACCGCCUCACCCAACGGCUGCCCCGAUUCCACAGACACAGAGAGCACAGCAGAAGAGCAGAGCACAAGGGCUACAGCCCCGACAAGUACCUCCAACAACCACCACCUCCACUACCAAACCCCAACACUGCCCCGCAGCCACCCCACUUCGAGCCCCAGCCAGGCCAAAGACUUGGAUGCAGAGUGGGACAGGGCAUGUCCUGUGCCCCCCACUGCAGUAAAGAGGAGCCCUGGUUCACCCCUCACUUCCAGGGACACUGUGCAGGUGGUAGACAGGGAAGGCAGGCCUGUGCGCUCCUUCCACUGCCGGCACUGCCGGAUUCUCUUUCUGGACCAUGUCAUGUUCACCAUCCACAUGGGCUGUCAUGGCUUCCGCCAGCCAUUCGAGUGCAACAUCUGCGGCCACCGCAGCCAGGACCGCUACGAGUUCUCAUCCCACAUCAGCCGUGGAGAGCACCAGGUGGGCUGAGGAGAGGUAACAGUGGCUAUGUGAGGAGAGGUGACUGCUGCUCUCAAAAGUUGUGGGCUCACGUUUGUUCUGCACCAGAUCAGUUGCUUUAAAUCCCUAGUAUAAGUAAAAGAUUUGCAAUUUUAAUAGGAGGAAAUUUAUUAUACUAAGUCAGAUGCGAGUGAAGAAUCUUUUCACAGCACCAGUUAAAGUUUAGUGGAGGCAAAUUACAUUCUAUGAUUGAUUGCACUCCUUUAUCAAAUCAUUUGGCAAAACUACCAGUUUUGCUUCAAAAGUGCCUUCUUUGGGGAUUUCCUCUUAACUAUAAAAAACAAGGGGGGGAACUGGUGCUCAAAAAUCUUGACUAGCCAUCUUUUCCUAAGUGAUUUUGAGUAGUUAGCACUUUUAGGAGAUCAUGUGCACAUGCAGUAAGAAAAGCAUGGCAUGUACAUUUUACGAAUUCUAUUGCUUAGUGUGCACUAAGAGCUUUGCUUUUGUGGCUGAGGAGGGUAUUUUGUGUAGUGUGUCAGGUAAGCUUAAUAUGCACUGAGAGCUUUGUGCCUCUGGGGCGGGGAGGAGCUUUUGUCACAGACGAAGCACAGAAAUGGAUUGCCUUAACUCCUACAGUAGUACGCUGCUGUACGAAUACAUAAUGUUUACAGCUUGGUUUAACAGUGUGUGAAGUCAGCUUAGAAGAGAGAAUAUUCAGGACAAAGCAAAAUCAUGGAGGAAAUGAAGUUAAAAUCGCUCCUGAGGGUGAAAUGGGAGUUCAGGGCUCAACUCUAAAAUAGGUUUUUGGAUUUUAAAGUGAGCCUUAGAGUACUGGUGCAGAUCAGACCAUGAGCCAUGUCGUGUAUAUUAAGAGCCUGACUGAGAUGGCCCAGGGUGCUAUACCUAUACAGGAUUGCACUUUUUGGUUCCCUGCUUAUAUAUGAACAUCUUUGCUGAAGCACUUGAUGGCUUUACAAGUUUUUUUCUGUGAUUGUUCUACUGCACUGAUAAAUCGCAUAAUACUCACAAUAAAUGAUCACCUAAUUUGCAACACCAGUGUAUUUUUAACGGAGCCGGCCUUCUACAGAAUCACCCACAGCGUUGCACUGGUUCCGCGGUCUGCACUCGAGUUUGCUGCAAUGUGUGACUGAGAAUUAAAUAUCAGUUCCACCUAAAACAAUUCUUUUGUGGUUUUGCACUCAGCGGUUGUAGCUGAGAUUUUAAACGAUUUCCAUGAUGUAGGUGAAUUAAGAAAUUAUUUAAAAAUGAAUUAACAACAAAUCAGUUUGAAACUGUUCAGUUAUCACUUGUGAUUAUCUAUUUAGUGUUGUUUGUUUCAGCCUUGGUGUAUUUAAUCAGCUAUAUUCCAAAUCUUAUCCAGCAUAUUCCUCAAGUCCAUGAAAUGUUACCUCCUGCUUCUUUAUAGCACCCGAAUACCUUAUUGCUACAGUAUGGUGAGUUAUCUGAUAAUGUUAAUAUUGGGAACAUGAAUGAGACCAAACUCAGUAUUCUUACUUGUUAUUGUUGGUUUGCUGCUUCAUAGUUUAACUUGAUUUCCUUUAAUAGCAGGCAAAAUGUACUUGAAACUGUUGGAGAAAAAAGUAAUCUAAAAAUGCACUUCGUUUGAUAAGUAGAGAAAUGUGUGUGUGAAUGGAAUAUAGCAUGUGUGCUUGUCAUUUUCUGCUUUUACCUGAAUUGUGAAUUAUUUUUGAAAUGUGAAGUGCUUUGAAGAAGUGAAAAUGAGGCAUGGGUUUUUGUCUCCUUGUGUGGACUCAAUGUUAUAUGAUAUUUUGUGAAUGAUGUAACACGACAAAACACUUUACCUCAAAGUUAAAGAUGUACAACUGCCUCAUUAUUUCAAAAAAGUCAUGUUGCUUUCCGAGAUGUUCUUGCAGUUACAAAUGCGUGCCCCUCGAUAUUCUCAAAACUUUUUACUGUCAAUAAAGUUACAUUUAUUGUAAAAGUGA